AUGUGUGUUCAAGAAGAAGAAGGAUUUGAGCGCAUUGGUCAGUAUCUCGCCGCUGAAAUUCCUUAUAAUAUCACGAUAUCUGUUGUACAGAAUCACCCAUCCAUAGUUGGUGGCUUUCUUCACAUGCAGAAGCACCUCAAGAUUCACCACAUCCGUUGUGUCUCACGAGUCCAACAAGGGCUUGGUGCCGUCCUCAAUGUUGUAUUCACAAGAGGGGUCGUGGUAGAACUGAACGAAGAUGUGGUCGAAAAGUUUGGUUGUGAUGGCUUUCCCAAGAUUGUGAACUGGGAUUUGACACCGAGGGGCGGCAACCAAGUGAAAGUAACGGCCUUUGGUGCGAAGGAAAAAGUCGAGUUCUUUGACAAGGUCAUCCCAGUGAUCCUCUGUGGCUCUGAUGUGGAACUCUAUGCCGUCCAACUCCACCCUUCCGAUUGGACCAAAUCCGCCACUGAGAAAGCUGGUGUAGAGGUAGUUGGCGAAGCGCUUUGCAUCCUCGGUGGAGUUGAGGGAGUACUCGUAAAACGUGAUGGGUCCUCCGAUGAAGAGGAACACUUUGACGCCUUUGGCCUAGGAAUCAAUGGAGAAACACAGCUUUAG